AUGAGACGCGAUGACUCUGACUCGGACGAUUACAUCGACGUUCGCGCGCCGACGCGCGAUCGGGGACGCCGCGAAAGCGCGUUCGCGACGCACGAUGAUGUUCACGUCCCGCCGGCCGCAUCGUCUCGAGACGACUCCCUGCGCCUCGCGCGCGCGGUCGUGGACGAGCAAAAAGCUCUGUUGGCGUGCGAGCGCGCGCGAGCGGACGACGCGGAGGACGAGUUACAUCGGGUGACGGCGCUGGCGGACGCGCUGACGAGGAAAUUGGACGAACUAUCGACGAUAUUCGAGGCGCGCGCGCGGGCGACCGCGCCGCGAGAGAUCGAGUCGGCGACCGCGUCCGCCGCCGCGACGCGGUUAAAGAUUGAGAACGAACGACUGCGGCGAGAUAUGAAGGAGAUGGAGGAGAGACACGCGCGUGAGAUCGAGGAGCUGAGGGCAUUGACGUCGACGAAUGAGGCCUCCGAACGGCCGCCUCUGACCAAGGACGAGCGCAGGCGUUUAUUGAGAGAAGUCGCGGAGGCGAGAGAGGAGAUUGCAGUGGCGAAAGAGGCUCGCGCAAAGGCGCUGGCCGAGGCCGUCGAACUUAGGGACAAGUUAGAGCAUAGAUCAGGAGCCAAGUCUCCACGGGUAGUAGCGGAACGUAAUCCCUCGCCGCCGAAGACGCCGCAGUGGGCGAAUGUUGACUGGGACGCCGCGCACGCCGAGUUCAUGAAGACUGAGAUGACGUCGCCACAGGGACCGCGGCAACAGUCUCACGCGCCACCACGGCAACAAUCUUUCGAAAAUAUCGAUUGGGAGGCUGCUUAUGCGGACAUGGAGGCGACACGAGCGCAGAAACGUGCGGAGCGAGCGGUCACGGGAGCGUAG